CCGGAGACAAACUUGGAAGGUUCGCAGCGGGACCAGCUCGGCUCGUGGAUGAUGGGAAAGCUCCGCGGCUCCGUGAUGCCCAUGGAUCCUCUGGGCAAAGCCGGGCUCUUGUGCCAAGCGUGCGGGUUUCUCUUGGUCAACCCGCAACAGGCGGGAUGCGGGCAUCGCUACUGCCGGAGAUGCGUGAAAGGGCUCUUCAGGGACUCAGAGAGAAUAGUCUCCUGCCUUACGUGUAAGGAGAUCUUGCAUCUCAAAGAGUUCCACUCUGACAAAGCAGCAGAGAACGACGCCCUCGACACACAGAUCGGCUGCCCAAAUUUUGACUGCAGGUGGACGGGGACUCUGAAAUCAUACCAGGAGCAUUUAUGCCACCCCGAGGCUCCUAUCGGAACUACAAAAAAUGCCACUUUGAUUCCUGAAGACCAAAAUGAGAAUAAAGAGAAAGAAGCACACUGGAGCGUCACUGCCCCUAUUAUGGGCGGUCCUUCACUGAACAUUGAUGCUGUCCAGCUGCGUAUGGAGGCCCUGGAGCUAAUGGUUGCAUCUUUGCGCCGGCAGCUGAAUCAACAAGUCUCCAAUGUGAAAACUCUCCAACACUCCUGUUCCCAGUAUGAGGAGCUGCUCAAAAAUUCUCAGGAAACACGUAAUAGUCCUCAUGGAGCCAAAGGUUUUGGACCCUCCGUGCAAGAGCUGGCCAGCACUGACGGAAUCUUGAUUUGGAAGGUAGAGAAUUUCUCCAAACUCCUGAAGGAUGCCAAAAGUGGGAAGAGGCAUUCCAUCUUCUCUCCGGCGUUCGCCACCCAUCCUUUCGGAUACCGCCUCUACGUCCGACUGUACCCUGAUGGAGAUGGUGUAGGCAAAGGUGGCCACCUUUCGCUCUUCCUGGCUUUGGCCAAAGGUCCUUACGACGACAUUCUGCCUUGGCCUUUUCGACAGAAGGUCACCUUCUCUCUCUUGGAUCCCACACGAAGGAAGUCACCCCUGAUGGAGACCUUCCUCCCAGAUCCCCAGAGCACCUCUUUCCAGCAGCCUCACCAGAAACUCAAUGUGGCCAGUGGAAGCCCUCUAUUUACCAGCCACGCUGAGAUUCCCAGCUACCUCAAGGAUGACACGCUCUUCCUCAAAAUAGCGGUGGAUCUGACGGGGAUAGACUUUUAAUGCUGGGAAAGAGACGGAGAGAUUUCUAUGAUGAACUUAAGCUGUGUUUCCAUUACUUUUGAUACUUACAUUUUUUUAAUCGAACCUCUUUCCCCCCACCUUUACUACCAUCCAACUGUGUCAACCACAAUUUCUGUUUCAAAACGGACCGUCAACGGAGCUUCUCAGGGUCAUCUAAAACCUACUUGAAAUCACAGGAAAUUGGUCCUUCGUUAUCCUCAGACUGAGGUUGGGCAUCCAUUAAACAUUACAGCCCUCAUGGGAUUUUUAUAGCCAGCUAUUGGAGAAUGUCUCUUAAACGCAGAGAAAUGUGGGAUAUGUUUUUCAGUGGUCAAGGAUGUCAAAUCGUUAUCAUCAUCGUCCUCUUUUAAUGACCCCAUAAUCCUUUGCUGGGUGGAGUCCUGGGUAACUGAAUGGA